AUGACCAACAACGUGCCAAUCCAGCACUGCUCAGAGUGCUAUCAAACAAAACAGCAGGUUCUCAGUGCAGCUGAGUUGGAUGAGCUGGCCCCGAAAUCCAAAGCCCCCAAACCGUCUGCAUGGAGCAGACUCAAGAACCGGAUGAGAUGUUCCAGAACAAGGGCCAAAUCUUUGCUGCUUCAGUACGUCCCGGUUUUGCGUUGGUUGCCACGGUACCCGGCCAAGGAAUGGCUUUUGGGUGAUGCCAUUGCAGGAGUUAGUGUGGGCAUAGUACAGCUUCCACAAGGACUGGCGUAUGCUCUUCUGGCUGGGUUACCACCUGUUUUUGGCCUUUACACCUCGUUCUAUCCGGUGUUUAUAUAUUUCCUCCUUGGGACCUCUAGGCAUAUAUCUGUAGGUACUUUUGCUGUGGUGUGCGUCAUGAUCGGGAGCGUGACUGAAUCUCUGGCUUCCAACGAGAUGUUUAUGGACGGCCAUAAUGGUACCACCGUUGAUACGGUAGCCAGGGAUCAUCUGAGGGUUGAACUCGCCACGGCUCUGGCAUUCCUGGUAGGCCUUUUCCAGAUUGCCCUGGGUCUGAUACAGUUCGGUUUUGUUGUUACUUAUCUGUCUGACCCUCUCAUUAGUGGAUACACCACUGCGUCUGCCGUCCACGUGCUGGUUUCACAACUGAAAUAUCUCUUCGGCAUCAGAAUGAGUCAGAAAACUCAGCCUUUCUCAUUAAUUCACACCAUAGUGAACCUUUUCUCGAAAAUCACACAGACAAACAUCGGCACGCUCAUCACCAGCAUUAUUGCAAUUGUGGUUCUCUUGGUGAUGAAGUACAUAAACGAACGUCUUGCUGAUCGAAUUCUCAUUCCAGUUCCCAUUGAGCUCAUUAUGCUCAUAGUUUCUACUGGGAUAUCAUAUGGUGUCGGACUGCAGGACAGAUUUGGGAUUGAGAAUGUCGGCGAUAUCCCUGUAGGAUUGAAGGUUCCAAUACUGCCUAACUUCACGUACUUUGGAGAACUUGUUGGGAAUGCGUUUGCGAUUGCCGUGGUGGGAUAUGCCAUAACCGUGUCAUUAGGGAAGGUUUUUGCCUCUAAACAUGGAUACAAAGUUGAUAGCAACCAGGAGCUUAUUGCCAUUGGGCUCAGCAAUUUUAUUGGAAGCUUCUUUCAAUCUUUCGCCAUCAGUGCCUCUGUGUCAAGGUCUGUUCUUCAAGAAAGCACCGGGGGUAACACUCAGGUGGCGAGCGCUAUAGCUUCAUGUGUUAUUUUUGUAAUUAUACUGCGUGCUGGAGAAUUAUUUGAAGACUUGCCAAAGGCCAUAUUGGCGGCAGUUGUUGUAGUGAACUUAAAGGGAAUGUUUAAACAAUUCUCUGAAGUUGGAGUGCUAUGGAAAACCAACAAGAUCGAUCUGGUGGUCUGGAUGGUGACUUUUGUCGCAACAGUUCUCCUGAACAUGGACAUUGGUCUGGCCGUGUCAGUUGCGUUUUCAUUGCUAACCAUCGUUAUCAGAACUCAGUUGUCCAGCUACUCCGUCUUGGGCCAAGUACAAGAUACUGGAAUUUACAGAGAUGUAUCUAGAUAUCAGAAGGCCAAAGAAGUGCCAGGCAUAAAAAUCUUCCAUUCUUCAUCCACCGUGUUCUUUGCCAACGCUGAUCUGUACACAGAGGCUCUCAAGCGGAAGUGUGGCAUUGAUGUUGACAGACUCAUUGAAAAGAAGAUGAAAGCCAUAAAAAAGCUAAAGAGACGACUGGAAAAGGCUAACAAGAAAGCUCAAAAGGAAAGCCAACAGUUAACAGGGCAUGAUAACCUUGGCUUCGAUCGUCUUGAAUUAGGAAGUCUUCCAAAGGAAAAAGGAGAGGAGAAAGAUCAGGACACGUUGGACGGCUCUAUCAUCAUCAUCCCAGGAAACGCAACAAAAGAGGGGAUAUCUGAAAAGGGAACCCUUCAGUCACUGGGCCUGGAGAAACCCCAUUUUCAUUCACUAAUACUUGAUUUUUCUUCGGUUAAUUUUGUAGACACUGUCUGUGUAAAAGUGUUAAGAAAGAUUUUCAAGGAUUUUGCAGAAAUUGAAGUGGCCGUAUACCUCGCCGGCUGUAGUGUGACGGUUAUGACGGGGCUGGAGGAAGGAAAUUUCUUUGCUGAUGGUAUCACCAAAUCUCAGGUUUUCUGUUCAGUCCAUGAUGCUGUUACUUACCUAACAAUGGACCAGGAUGACAUCCCCACAGAGAACGUCCAAGUGAGUGGCACCCAGCACAAGACUGUAACCUACAAGCAGCUUGAUCCAACCAAGCCCAUCAGUGGUCAAAGCACAAUGAAGAAUAUCACCAUGUCAGUGAUCACCUAG